UUAGAGCCUCCCUGCUAGUUUCCUUCCUCCAAACACUCGACUCAGUUCAAGGAAAUGGCUCCUGUUCGCACAAACUGCUGAUCCGCCUUUAUAAAAUAAUCAGUACAGUGUACACGCUGGUGGCUGAAUGCUCUACAGUCUUCAACCAAGAGGCAAUGAAGGGGAUACUUGUACUGCUGGUUCUGCUGAACGUCCAAACUACCAAGGUCUGCUCUCAGCCCUAUCACGCAGACUCAGAUGGAAACUGUCUGAACCGAACAACAGAGUACCUGUUAGAAGGUUCUGGCCUGUGUUGCAAGAAGUGCCACCCUGGACAGAGGCUGAUACAAGAAUGCUCUGAAACUAAUGACACUGUAUGUGAACAAUGUCCAACACGCCAGUACAUGGAGAAAUGGAACUACGCUAAAAACUGCUUUAGCUGUACCAAAUGCAGAACAAAUAAAGGUCUGCAGGAUGCCAAGAACUGCUCCUCUACUGCAAGGUCAAGGUGUGAGUGCAAGCCAAGGAUGUAUUGCAUCAUGGAAUUUGAUGACCCGUACUGCUCAGCAUGUAGCAGGUACACGCAAUGCAGAGCUGGUUAUGGAGUGUCUUUGCCAGGGACAGGAUACUCCAAUGUGAAGUGUGAACAAUGCCCCGACGGCACGUUCUCUGACGUUUACUCCAUGGACCCCUGUCGGCCUCAUACAAACUGCCAUGGGAGGACUGUUGUCAGGAAAGGUGAUGCGACCUCAGACACCAUGUGUGAACUUGAGGUUUUUAAAUCCACUUUGCAGCCUCAAACCUCAACGAAAGAGCCUCGCGCUGAGAUGGUGUUCACAAGCGCAAGUGAAGGGAUGAGUACAGUCUCAGCGACCUCAAACACUAAGACUCCACGUGGACCGACAGACUCCACGCUGUCUUUCAGCCCGUCCGUUCCAGAGAUAGUACUCACCCAUUUGACAAAACCCCCGCCACCAAGCAUAGCAUUCGACAGUACACUGGCUGUGGUCAUUGCCGUUGUUACAGUUAUACUUUGCAUCGCUAUCAUUCUUCUGAUCCUUUAUAAACAAGUCUGGAAGAAAGACGCUAAAAGAUUUCAUCCUAAAGUAGAUGCGAAUGGAAAUUGUGAGAGUGGUGAUAAAAUCAAUCCGGGUUAUUUGGGGGAAACACAGCUGACUUCAAUCAUAAAAAGCUUACCGGAACAACAAUGUCUGCUGCAGAACGGGCAAGCCUGCAGUGACCACAGUCAGUGCAAUAACAAUACUGAAACGUUAACCCGAACAGACGGCUACAGCAGCCAGGAGUCCAUCGGUCCUUUGCAAUCCAACUUAGCUCUUCACAAUCUAGACUCUGCUUUGUCGGAGCCCAUGACUUUAAAAUCAAACACAGAGCCCGUCACCCCCCAUCCCAGCGUCCCCACACAGUCCUCCUCUCAGCCAACCAGCCCACAGGUCAUCAGCCCUGUGACCACCAAUCCCCACUACAACGUCAGCAUCACUGUGAACAUAGGAGACGGGGCUUGUACGAUACCGUCUGGCACGUCCACAGACACUAAACUCCGCUUUGGAGAGGAAGAGGAGUCCUUUAGCAUCCCGCAGCAAGAAGCCGGCAAAGAAUCACUAAUGUCAGUGCAGGAGAGUGAAAGUUACAGCACAUGAAGAGUCAGCUGCACGAGAGACUGAUGAAUACAUUUUUUUUUCUUUCUGUCAUGAUGCAACAUUGAAAACAAUCUGAAUGGCUACAAGAUGCACUUGUACGUAUGGCUUGUCUUUAUGAGGACAAGACAAGCUUUGUGUCCAUAUGAAAGUCCUCUGUCACUGUGUUUAUAUGUAUAUACAGAGAAUAAAGGUGUAAAUAUUGUCUUUACUUUAGUUGCCUGGCUAUAAGUAGUUGUAAAUAAAAAAUGGAUAUAAA